AUGGAGUAUGCAGCAAUUGGAAUAGUAUUUGUUGGUGCAGUUCGAAAUUUAUUAAGAUCUUCAAACGAAAAUGAUUCUAGCGAUGAUGAAGAUCUCAUCUAUAGUUUUGAAAAUCGUGCAGAACAAGAUCAGUGUGUGAUCAUUUCGAUGUCAGAAAAUCAUCAGCUUGGAGAACUGUUUGGAAAAAAGUACGGAUUUCCAAAUUUAUUGGAAGCGAUCGAUGGAACACACAUUAGAAAUGCUCAGCCCAAAGAGCACCAUGCCAGCUAUAUUAACCGCAAAGGAUUUCAUUCUAUUCAAACUCAGCUAGUAUGUGAUCAAAAAUUAAAAAUAAUUCAUGCGUACUGUGGUCAAGCAGGCUCAGCCCAUGACGCUCGUAAUGGACUUAAUACCAUAUAUUACGUAUUUGCUUGUUGUAUUUUGCACAACAUUUGCAUUAUGAGAGAAUAUUUGAUCGACAUCCCAAAAAUUCAGAAUCAUGAAAUUCCAGUAAUAGAUGUAGAUAUUGAAAUGAAUAAUGACAUGAAAGUUGCUGAAUAG